GCCAAAGCGUAACCGAGCAAAGCUCUGUGGAGAAGAGUUGAAACUCGGACCAGUUUGCAUCUUGAAAACCCCAGCAACAUUAUAAUACAUCUGCUAAAGUAGUAGUAUCUCAUCUUCACACUGUCUUGUUAUUUUUGUCUAAAAAUUCUACGAAUACUCUUCUUGAGCUUGUCCUCUGUAUGAAUGGCUUGGCGAGGGGUUGGGAAGAGAGGAAUUAAUGCCUGUCUGAUUAGAGCUCUGGCUUCAGCACCUCUGGGACAUGUAGCCAGGAUAAAUUCUGCAUCUACUGUUGAUCUUGCAGUAAAAUCAAAUCUUAUUUCUGUUAAACGCAAAUGCACACCUGAGUUUUCUUUCAGCUCGUUUCUAUCAAGAUCUAGGUAUUGCAAAGUUUUGAAAAAUGAAGCUUUGAUCCGGUAUUUUCAUGCAAGUUCAGAAUUGCUGGCUAGAAAGAAAAAUGAGGAGGCGUUGGGUUUAAAGAUACACAAGAAAGAAAAACCCAGAGGGAAGUUUGUCAAGAGGGAAAAGAAGACCCAACCGCCUGUUGAAGCUCCAUAUGUUUCUAAACUGAAAAAAUCUAGCAAAUCCUUUCAAGAGAAAACUGUUGAGAUAUUUGAUGGCAUGACCAUUGUUGAGCUUGCAAAGCGAACUGGUGAGCGCAUAGCUGCUCUUCAGGAUAUUCUCAUAAAUGUUGGGGAAAGUGUUGAUUCAGAAUUUGACCCUCUAAGUAUUGAUAUUGCAGAGCUCAUUGCAAUGGAACUUGGAGCCAGUGUCAAGCGGAUACAUGCCAGUGAAGGAGCAGAAAUUCUCUCACGAUCACCUAUUGUGACAGUCAUGGGCCACGUGGACCAUGGUAAAACUUCUCUUUUAGAUGCUCUACGUCAAACAUCAGUGGCAGCCAAAGAAGCUGGUGGCAUAACUCAACAUCUUGGUGCAUUUGUUGUUCGCAUGCCAUCAGGGGCAUCAAUUACAUUCCUUGACACUCCUGGUCAUGCUGCAUUUAGUGCAAUGCGAGCAAGAGGUGCAGCGGUCACAGAUAUAGUUGUGUUAGUUGUAGCAGCCGAUGAUGGGGUGAUGCCGACUCUUGAAGCCAUGGCCCAUGCAAAGGCAGCUAAUGUACCAAUUGUGGUUGGUAAUAAAUGCGAUAAACCAGCUGCUAACCAUAGAGUAAAAAUACAGCUUGCUUCAGAGGGUUGUGUGCUGGAGGAGAUGGGUGGAGACGUUCAGGUGGUUGAAGUUUCAGCAAUAAAGAAAACUGGAUUGGAAAACUUGGAGGAGGCUUUGCUACUGCAGGCCGAGAUGAUGAAUCUUAAAGCACGCCUGGAUGGACUUGCUCAAGCUUAUGUCGUGGAGGCCAGACUUGACAAAGGGCGGGGCCCAUUAGCCACUGCAAUAGUAAAAGCAGGGACUUUGGUUUAUGGGCAAUAUGUGGUUGUGGGCUUAGAGUGGGGCAGAAUAAGAGCUAUUAGAGAUAUGGUGGGGAAAACGAUAGAGCAGGCAACACCGGCAACGCCAGUUGAGAUUGAGGGCUUGAAGGGGCUUCCAAUGGCUGGUGAUGAUAUUAUCGUUGUGCAAUCUGAGGAGCGAGCUAGAAUGCUUAGUGCAGGGAGGAAAAAGAAAUUUGAGAAAGACAGACUAUUGAAGAUUAGCAGUGGAAGAGCUGAAGCUUUGGAGCAAUCAGAAGAGUUGCCUCAAAGGGCUGAAAUGCCAAUAAUUGUAAAAGCAGAUGUACAGGGCACUGUCCAGGCUGUUACAGAUGCAUUGAAAACUUUAAAUAGUCCCCAGGUUUUCGUGAAUGUAGUCCAUGUUGGGGUGGGGCCUAUUUCUCAAUCUGAUGUGGACCUAGCACAGGCAUGUGGUGCUUGCAUUAUUGGAUUCAAUGUUAAAAGUCCGCCUAGUUCUCUUAGUAUGGCAGCCACUCAAGCCGGCAUAAAGAUUCUAAUGCACAGUGUUAUAUAUCACCUUUUGGAGGCCAUUGGCAAUAUGAUAGUGGACAAGGCCCCUGGCACUUUUGAAACUCAGGUAGCUGGGGAGGCUGAGGUGUUGGAUAUCUUUGAGCUUAAAGGAAAGAGCAAGGCAAAGGGCGGGGAUGUAAAGAUUGCAGGUUGCCGGGUAAUUGAUGGUUGCGUCUCCAGAUCAUCAACCAUGAGGCUGUUGAGAAGUGGGGAAGUUGUGUUUGAAGGAUCUUGCAUGUCAUUGAAGCAGGAGCAGCAUGAUGUAGAGAAAGUGGGAAAAGGAAACGAGUGUGGACUCGUGCUGUGUAACUGUGAUAAUUUCCGUAUCGGAGACAUCAUCCAGUGCUUGGAGCAAGUGGUUAGGAAACCCAAGUUCAUUUCAUCAGAGAGUGGGGUUGUUCGAAUUGAGUGCUGAAACUGCUUUUGCUAGUGAAAUUUUCUCUGACAUUGGAUACAAAUACUCGCCAUUGUUGACUUGAUUUGUUUGCCCCUGCAAUUCUACAUGGAAAAUCAUGCUACGCCUGGCCUUGCCGCUAGGUACCUGUGCGAUGCGUUUAGAGAUUAAGCAACUUAGGGAUCAAAUCCUUCCGAUUUAGGGAUAUAUCUGCGUAAUAGCAGUUGAAAUGUAAUCAUGAAUUUGUCAAUUUUGGGAGGCCAUAGUGAUUAUUUAUCCAAAAUUUGUAUACAUGAUUAACUUAUCGAUAACCAUAAGGCAAACAACAUGCCAUUCACCUCAUAGCUGCUCUUCAAGUUUUGUUAGGGAAUGGGAUUAAAUUAUGUAUGUGGUGUAUUCCCCACCUUCAAAUAAUAUCAUUCUAUCACUCUUUCAACAUU